GUGUGGCGAGUUGGCUCCGCUUCCUCCCCGACUCCACUUGUCGGCCCCCUCUACCGGGCGGUGCCGAUUCCCCCUCCCAUCACCCCUCCCUCCUCUCCCUCCCUCCCUCUUUCCUUUCCUCCCUGCCUGCCUGUAGCGCCCCCGUGGCCGCCGUCACCACCACCACCUCCGCCACCGUCUCAGCGCAGGCCAUCCUCCGUCCCCUGCGCGCUCCCAGCCAGCCGCGGAGGCGGCAGCGGCGGCUGCAGAAGCCCAGGAGUCCGGAGUCAAAAGCAGCAGCCGCGGCGGCGGCGGCAACGGGGAGCCCAUGGCGUACAGUCAGGGAGGCGGCAAGAAGAAAGUCUGCUACUACUAUGAUGGUGAUAUUGGAAAUUAUUAUUAUGGACAGGGUCAUCCUAUGAAACCUCACAGGAUCCGCAUGACCCAUAACCUCCUACUAAAUUAUGGCUUGUAUAGAAAAAUGGAAAUAUAUAGGCCCCACAAAGCUACAGCUGAAGAAAUGACCAAGUAUCACAGUGAUGAAUACAUCAAAUUUCUGCGCUCAAUAAGGCCAGAUAACAUGUCUGAGUAUAGCAAGCAGAUGCAAAGAUUUAACGUUGGAGAAGAUUGUCCUGUGUUUGAUGGACUUUUUGAGUUCUGCCAACUGUCAACUGGUGGUUCUGUUGCUGGGGCAGUGAAAUUAAACAGACAACAGACUGACAUGGCUGUUAACUGGGCUGGAGGUCUUCAUCAUGCAAAGAAGUCAGAGGCAUCAGGUUUCUGUUAUGUUAAUGAUAUUGUCCUUGCCAUCCUAGAAUUGCUAAAGUACCAUCAGAGAGUCCUGUACAUUGAUAUUGAUAUCCAUCAUGGUGAUGGUGUUGAGGAAGCAUUUUAUACAACAGAUCGUGUAAUGACUGUAUCAUUCCACAAAUAUGGUGAAUACUUUCCUGGCACAGGAGACUUGAGGGACAUUGGUGCAGGAAAAGGCAAGUACUAUGCUGUCAACUUUCCAAUGAGAGAUGGUAUAGAUGAUGAGUCGUUACGGGCAGAUAUUUAACCAAUAAUAUCAAAAGUGAUGGAGAUGUAUCAGCCUAGCGCAGUAGUGUUGCAGUGCGGUGCAGACUCACUAUCUGGUGACAGACUUGGUUGUUUCAAUCUUACCGUCAAAGGUCAUGCUAAAUGUGUAGAAGUUGUAAAAACUUUCAAUUUGCCUCUGCUGAUGCUUGGAGGAGGUGGAUACACAAUCCGUAAUGUUGCCCGAUGUUGGACAUAUGAAACUGCUGUUGCCUUAGAUUGUGAAAUUCCAAAUGAGUUGCCAUACAAUGAUUACUUUGAGUAUUUUGGACCAGACUUUAAGCUGCAUAUUAGUCCAUCAAAUAUGACAAAUCAGAAUACCCCAGAGUAUAUGGAGAAGAUCAAACAACGUUUAUUUGAAAACUUGCGCAUGUUACCUCAUGCGCCUGGUGUACAGAUGCAAGCCAUUCCUGAAGAUGCUGUUCAUGAAGACAGUGGAGAUGAAGAUGGAGAAGAUCCAGACAAACGAAUUUCUAUUCGGGCAUCAGACAAGCGGAUAGCUUGUGAUGAAGAAUUUUCAGAUUCUGAGGAUGAAGGAGAAGGAGGGCGUAGAAAUGUGGCUGAUCAUAAGAAAGGAGCAAAGAAAGCAAGGAUAGAAGAAGACAAGAAGGAAACAGAGGACAAGAAAGCAGAUGUUAAAGAAGAGGAGAAGUCCAAGGACAACAGUGGUGAAAAGACAGACACCAAAGGAGCCAAAUCGGAACAGCUCAGCAAUCCUUGAAUUAGAGAACCUCACACCAAUUUCAGGAAAAAGUACUAAAUUGGGAAAAUAUUGGGAGAAAAAAAAUACAGGUUUCUUUUCAAAAGAGACUGCUGACUUCAUUUUGUACUACUUGGCAUGGACCGUAUUUAUUUCCAAAACGGCUUUUUUUUUUUUUUUGGUUUGUUGGCGAGUUGUAUUGUGAGUUUUUCUAAUUAUGAUGCAAAAUUUCUUUCUCCACCAUGCUUUAUGUGAUAGUAUUUAAAAUUGAUGUGAGUUAUUAUGUUAUGUCUAAAAACUGAUCUAUUAAAGAAGUAAUUUGCCUUUCUGAGCUGAUUUUCCAUCUUUUGUAAUUAUCUUUAUUAAAAAACAAAUUGUA